GCCGGGCUAAGGGUACGCAUGCGCAGUGGCGCCGCCGUUGUCAUGACGGCCGGUGCACAGCCGCGCUGAGGGAUCAGGUUAAAUUGGAACUGUCUUUGCUCUGACUGGGUGGCUGCUGCAGGAUGCCGCACAAGAUUGGCUUUAUAGUUAUUAGUUCAUCAGGACACGAAGACGGCUUCAGUGCAAAAGAAUUGAUGGUUCAUGCACCGACAGUGAAUGGAUGGCGAUCGCCCAGGCUCUGUCAGUACCCACAGGAGAUCAUCCUGCAGCUGGUGGAGAGGUGUCGAAUACGAAAGCUGCAGCUGCUGGCGCACCAGUACAUGAUUUCAAGCAAAAUUGAGUUCUACAUCAGUGAAAGCUUGCCUGAAUACUUUGCUCCUUAUCAGUCAGAGAGGUUUCACAGGCUUGGUUAUGUUGCUCUAUCGGACAACGAAAAGACUGAUUUCAAAGCACGGGAGUUGAAGUCUGUGUACAUGGAUGCAGUUGGCCAGUACCUGAAGCUGAUUUUGCAUAAGAAUUAUGUCAAUAAAUACAACUUAUAUGGUCAGGUUGCCUUGGUGGCCGUCAACAUUAUUGGGGACCCAGCAGACUGUGGUGCUGACAGCAAUAACACUCCUUCCAGAGAGAAGCUGAUAGACCACUACUUAGGAAUUAAAUUGGAUGACCCUGCCUUGGAUGGAACUUACCUGGGGAAACCUGACUGCAUCUCCCCUCUGGAUGAUCUGGCUUUCGACAUGUACCAGGAUCCUGAAGUUGCUCAGAUCAUACGUAGGCUGGAUGAGAAGAAGCGCACAGCUGUCCGUGACGAGCACUACGAUUAUGCCAAGAAGCUCAAACAAGCUAUCGCAGACUUGCAAAAGGUGGGAGAACGGCUGGGGCGGUACGAGGUGGAGAAGCGCUGUGCUGUAGAGAAAGAGGAUUAUGAUCUUGCUAAAAAGAAAAAACAGCAAAUGGAAGCGUACCGGCUGAAGGUGUAUCAGCAGCUGGAGCUCCAUGACCUGCUGGAUGCAGAGCUGAUGAUUCAAAAACCACCUGAAUUGCCUUUGGAGCCCACGAGUUAUACUGACAGUCCUCAGCGCACAAAGGCUGCCAGUUCACCUCCUUGUGAACACACGGAACCACAAAAAGGAGAGCCCUGUAGAGCAGAGCCUUUGCUGGAAAAGAAGUCAGCAGAUCCCACUUCCACUGAGCCCGUUGUUCCGCAUCAGUCUCCGUCUCCUGCUGUUAUCCAUCCCAUAACCUCCAGGAAAGAAUUUAUCAAAGGAAAUGCUGAAUUUUUACUGUAUGAUGAGAGACCCCUUCCGGCCGUUUGUAAACAGUCUGAUGAGGCAGUUGCGUACCUGGAGCCAGAGACAACUGAGGAGGAUGUCAGCGAUAGUCCGACAACUGGCAUCACUGGGGAACCGGAGCCGUUAACUGAGAAGGCACUGCGAGAGGCGAGCCCUGCCAUUGAAGUUUUUGGAGAGGCUCUGGUUUCUGGAGCGUAUUCCAAAACGUGGUCGUACCGUGAGGAUGCGUUGCUGGCUGUGUACAAGAAGCUGAUGGAAGCAUCAGUGAACACUCCAAAGGAGGAUUUAAAGAGCAUGCUGAGGGCUGCCAUUUUUCUUGUGAGGAGAGCCAUCAAGGACAUAGUGUCUUCGGUUUUUCAAGCUUCCCUGAAACUGUUAAAAAUGAUCGUUACCCAGUAUAUACCAAAACAUAAACUAGGAAAGCCAGAAACUGCUCAUUGUGUGGAAAAAACGCUUCCAAAUUUGCUUUCCAGAACAGGAGACUCUUCCUCCCGCCUCCGCCUCAUGGCUGUUAACUUUAUUCAGGAAAUGGCUCUGUGCAGUGAAGUUAAACCUCUUCAGAUUGUUCCAGUUCAUUUGGUGCAACCAUUAAAACCGAACUUCCCAGCACACCUUGCAAUGAGUCAGGUGGAAUUGGUGGAAAGCCUCUUGAAAGACAUGGGAACUGAAAACUCUGGGUUUACAGUCAGCAACGUUAUGAAGUUUGCAACAGGAGCUUUGGAGCACAGAGUCUCUGAAGUCCGUGACGCAGCUUUGCGGAUUAUCUUUGAUGUGUACCGGAAGCACAAGGUUGCCGUGCUGGAUUAUCUUCCUCCAGACAAUGCAAACAUUCGCAAGACUGUUCUCUAUAAAACACUCUUUGAUGGAUUUGCUAAAAUAGAUGGGAAACUUCCUGAAGCUGACGCUAGGGCACAGAGAAAAGCAGCAAGAGAAGAAGCAGAGAAACAGAAAAAGGAAGAAAAAAAACUUCUGCAAGGUUACCACAUAUACGAAAGCCCACAGCCUGCAGCAGCGGAGAGUCCAAAGGAUCAUCCCUCCGGUGGAGAUAACUUGGAUAACUUAUGUAUUUUCUGUGGUGAAAGGGACAAAUCCUUCACAGAGGAGGGACUGGAUCUCCAUUACUGGAAACACUGCCCUAUGUUAACCAGAUGUGAGCACUGCAAACAGGUGGUGGAAAUAGCGAGCCUGACGGAGCACUUGUUGACUAAUUGUGAUAAGAAGGAGAGCUUUGAGAAAUGUGAGCAGUGCAGCGAGGCCAUCCUGAAAGACGAGUUGCCCAGACAUUUUAAGAGCAAGACUUGCAAUCCUGCCAAACCGGAAAAUGUGGCAAACCAUUGCCCAUUGUGCCAUGACAACUUCUCCCCGGGAGAGGAGGCCUGGAAAUCUCACCUAGCGGGCAGAGACGGCUGUAAAAUGAACCAACGGAGGCUACCCGUAAUAAAUAAAACUAUCCUGAUGCAGCCUGGCAAAAUAGGUGGCCAGUAUUUAAAGAAACCGAGUCCUUCAGGAGCAAAAGCUCGAUCUCCCUCGACAGGAAGCAAGAUCCCAACCCCAAGAGGGGCCCCCACUGGCAAAACAUACUCAAAGCGAUGACAGGAAAAAUAAUUCUCCUUGUCUUAAUAACUGGUCGUGCAGUUGGUAAUGAUUAUUUAGAAGUUGCAGGUGACAUAGCAUCUUUUUCAUUUGCCUGCAUGGGGCUGUUUAUCCACCUUGAGCAGUACCUCCUGGUCUGACCACUGCAGUAGGUAACUCUUUUCUUAGCUGUCUGUGCAGCACUGCGAUUUUCUCCUAGAAAAGUGCAUGUCAGACAUACGCAAGUGUUCUGGCACAGAUCCAGCCUGCUGCGCUCCCUGUGGGGCACAAGGAACGCCGUGCGUUGGACUGGGACUGGUUCCUCUCACUAAAAAUCCUCCCCAGUAAGUGGGGAGUUAACCUGGCUGCGCUGCGUAGCUGCUGCCAUGGCCAGCACAGAGGCUGUGCCCGUGGUUAGUGGCUUACUCUGCCACUGUGGUUCUAACAGCUUGGGUUUGAUAUCCAAUAGGGAAUUUCCUUAAGAUCCAGCAGCCAGAGCCAUUUGUGGUUUGGCUUUCUCUUGGGAAAGAGCAAGAAACAUAUCGAGCGUGAAUUGUACUGUACUUGAGGAGACAGAGGUGAAAUGCAUUUUUCCUUUUGACCCCAAUGUGACAGUUGUUUGUAGUGACACAUCUUGGGAAGCAAUGCCGGUACUGGCUGAACCUGAACACUGCUGUGUAAUAACUGCGGAAUAUACGGCUAGGUCUUCUGCAGAUGCAUGUUCACAGGAGCUGUCUUUUUCUUCCCCGUAUUUGUCACUAUAAGCAAGGCAAAUCUACAGCCACUGGGAAAGCUCACAAAUCCAUUUAUUUGUGUCAGGCUCUAAAGUUUUGGGUGCCUUCCAUGGAAAUGGAAACUAAACCUUUUUCUGUGAGGGGUAUCCUGGAACACCUUCUAUGUCAGCCGAAAGGAGUUGGGUCAGGGCCAUUAUAAUGUGUUUCCACUCGUAUUUCAGACUCUUAGAAGCAUUAUUUUGACAGAUAACUGUGCUUGACUAAUUCUGGUGCCUGUAAUUUAUGAGUUGAGGCACGUUAAUAACGUCAGUGUCUCUGCUGGAGCUCGAGGAGGA